CGUUCAAAGUAUUGAAAUGGCAGCAGAGAUAAAACCCGCUCCAGGAGUGAAUCAUGAUAAAUUUAGCACGAGUCGCAAACCUAUACUCUUGUCGAAAUUGGAGGGAUGCAACGAUGAUGUUAAUGCGGCGAUCAUUAUACCGCGGGAAGAAGGUGUAAUUAGUGUUUGUGAUGACAGAACCAUCAGAGUUUGGCUGAAACGUGAUUCCGGGCAGUAUUGGCCCAGUGUUUGUCAAUAUAUGGCUGCUGGGGCAACAUCAAUGCAUUAUUCGGUGGAAACAAGGCAAUUGUUUGUGGGUUUGGACAAUGGAACAAUAAAUGAAUUUAUUUUGGAGCAAGAUUACAAUCGAAUGACUGCUAUGCGCGAAUAUGCUGCACAUCAAGCAAGAGUUACAGGUGUUAUAUUUGCUCCAAAUAGUGAAUGGGUUUUAAGUAUAGGUCGAGAUAAAAUGUUCCAGUUACAUUGUUCAGAAUCUGGUCAGAAGUUGGGAUCAUAUCAGACAGAUGCAUGGUACACUGCACUGCAAUUUGAUGCUCAAUCAAAACAUGCUUUUGUUGGGGACUAUUCUGGACAAAUAGCAAUGCUAAAGUUAGAGACUAACGGCGUCACAUUAAUCACAACAUUAAAAGCGCAUACCGGAAGUAUUCAUACAUUGGCAUGGGAUUCUGAAAAACAGCUUCUGUUUUCGGGUAGUUUUGAUCAAUGCAUUAUAGUAUGGGAUAUUGGUGGGCGUCAGGGAACGGCAUAUGAGCUUCAAGGGCAUCACAACAAAGUAACUGCACUGUGCUAUGCAAGCGCAGAGCGCAUUCUGUUGUCCGGAGGAGAAGAUGGAGUAAUAGUUUGUUGGGAUAUGGCUGGAAAUAGGAAGGAAACAGCAGCAUGGGUGGAGUCAGAUACAUGCCAAGCUUGUGGGAGACCGUUUUUCUGGAAUAUCAAAGCAAUGAUGGAUCAAAGACAACUAGGAUUGAGGCAACAUCAUUGCCGUCAUUGUGGCCGUGCAUUGUGCGCGCGUUGCACGUCUCAGCGAAUACCAAUACCGUCAAUGGGGUUCGAAUUUGAAGUCCGAGUUUGCGAUCCGUGUCAUAUACAACUCAAGGCGGCCAACCAAACAUCUUUAGCAUCCUUUCAUGACGCAAAGCAUAACGUUGUUGGAAUGGAUCUUGAUGCUCCGAGACGAAGAUUAUUAACAAUUGGGCAAGAUCGUCUCAUUAAAAUUUGGGAUAUUUCUGCGCUUCUUCAGUGAACUUCCAAAAAUAUAUGUUUAUAAGUAACAAAACCAAUCAAAUCGUAAGAUAUAACGGAAACUGUCAUAUUGCAAUGUAAAAGCAUUCUA